CUAUUUAGUAGCUAAACAAACAUGGCUCUGCUUCAUUAUUAGAUUACGGAUUUUAAUGGCACGUAAAGAGAUGAAUUGGCAGUAUUAUGCACAAAUUAAGAGGCAUCGUGCUAAAUACAAAGCCGUAAAUGGAGUUUGGAUGCAUUUAUGGGUUUUGUUGUCGCUGUGGAGCCUUCUGUGAGCGUGUUUACACUUAGCUAGCCCUCCUGUGGGCUAAUGUGAGCUAGCAAGAUGGACCUUGGAACAAUGUUGUACAACAAUUUAAAAGAUGUUACUUGGAGCACGACGGCCUUGCCGUUAGAUCAACUUGUCAGUGCUUAUAGGUUGCCUCAAAUCGUCAAGCUGGACAACGGUCAGUUGGUCGAAGGCCUUCGAGACAAUGACUACCUCUUGAUUCAUUCCUGUCGUCAGUGGACAACCAUUACUGCUCACAGUCUUGAGGAAGGACACUACGUGAUUGGACCUAAAAUAGAAAUCCCUGUUCACUAUGAAGGCCAGUUUAAGCUGCUGGAACAGGACCGAGAUGUCAAGGAGCCGGUGCAAUACUUCAACAGUGUAGAAGAAGUGGCCAAAGCGUUUCCUGAAAGGGUAUACGUCAUGGAAGAAAUCACUUUCAAUGUUAAGAUGGCUUCAGGAGAAUGCAAUGAAGAUACUGAAGUUUACAAUAUAACACUAAGCACUGGCGAUGAAUUGACAUUAAUGGGCCAGGCCGAGAUCCUCUAUGCUAAGACCUCCAAAGAAAAAUCCAGAUUCAACACCAUUUUUAAGAAGAUCGGCAGGCUAAACUCCAUCACUAAGAUGGGUCGAGGCAAGAUGCCCUGCUUGAUCUGCAUGAACCACCGCACCAAUGAGAGCAUCAGCUUACCUUUCCAAUGCAAAGGCCGUUUCAGCACGUGCAGUCCGCUGGAGCUUCAGAUGCAGGACGGCGAGCACACCAUCAGGAACAUCGUCGAGAAAACGCGUCUGCCGGUCAAUGUCACGGUGCCCAGCGGUCCGCCCCGCAACCAGCACGACCUCCACCUCAUUCGGGAGGGCCAUCGCUACAAACUGGUCAACAUUCAGACCAAGACGGUGGUUGUGUGCUGCGUACUGCAAAGCAGCAAAAUAAUCCCUAUCCAUUUCCCUUUCCACACGGCUCUGCCUCGAUUUAUUAUUCCGGAGGAGCUGCUGCAAGGCGAGUUAUGGCUGGAGACCAUGGUGCAUCGCUGGUUCUCUUUCUGUCAGGAGCAGUUUGACAUUGACGACUACUCUCGCGCUGUCCGGGAUGUGCGGACGGACUGGAACGACGAGGGGAAGAGCCCUAAGAAGCAGAGCAGCGGGAACGGCAACUGCUGCGGUGGCGGAACCUCCAACGGGUGUCCCAACAGCAUGCAGAUCCCCAGCUCUUUAACGUACGCCCGUGAUGAACUGACACAGUCCUUCCACCGGCUCUCUGUGUGCGUUUAUGGCAGCAACUUGCACAGCAACAGUGAGGUCAACUUGCAGGGAUGCGUGAGCCUCUGCGGCGAUUGGGCUCUUUUGCCCUCCGACAGCAUUCCAACAGACUCGGCGGAAAACGAAAACUUUUCCGCAGAAAUGUUUGACUGCCCCAACGCGCAGGCGUCACUCGUCAAGACUGACGUUCCCUAUGAGGAGCUGUGGUUGAACGACUUAAAAAGCCAGAUCCCCAAGUCAUCUUUAACUGAGGGCGUUCAAGCUCUUAAUAACGGUUGCGUUACGACAACAACAACCCCGUCUUGCCCGCUCACAUGCCCCCUUGGCUCAAUUACCAUUCCUGAUGUGGCUCUCACUCCACCGCCGGUCCCGCCCAAAUCUGAAGCUGUGAAAGAAGAAUGCCGCCUAUUGAACGCCCCGCCGAUUCCUCCGCGUAGUUUGAAACAGAUGCCGACGGUACCGAUGCUGUCGAAGCCUCUGCAGCAAGAGACCCGCUCGCCAAGUCCAACCCUUUCCUAUUACUCCUCUGGCCUCCACAGCAUUAGUGGAAAAUGCAAACAAGAGGCGUCUGAUGUGCAAGAGAAAAGCAGCGUGUGCUACCCGUGUAACUGGACCUGUCCCGCCAGCGGCGAGCCAGGUGUCGCGUUGCCGAGCAGUAGCUUGCCGACCGACGGGAUGUCCUCCCGGUUGUCUUGGCCCAACAACUUCAGCGGAGGAGAUUGUCGCGCUUUAGAUGACUUUCUGCCCCCCGGCUGCCGCAGCUAUUACAGUUACCCAAGAAAUAGGUCCACGAGCAACCCCAAAACUUGUAGCCUCGCCGACUUUGACGACCGAGAGCACCCGCACAGCUGUGAAAGCCUCAGGUUGCGGAACGAGUCUCGAAGUAAGUCCUGCACCAAAACUUCCAGUUACAAUUCGGAAAUGUACAGAGACAAACCGAUAGACGGAUGCGACGCCAAGCAGAGCCUCUCAUGCCCCAUCUUACCUCCAAGAACAGCAAAGUCAAACAGCAUGAAGAAGAAUUCAGAGUUAGCAUCUGAAUCAGCUUGUGAUGGUCAGCAGGACAGCUCAACUUGCUGCCUCGUUACGCAACAAGAACAGGAAACACAAAGCCAGAGUUCCAUCUCAAGCAGAGAAUCUCCAGGCGCGAUAUCGGGGUCUCCCUCAGCACAGUGGCAGCCCCCGCCCAACCUGGCCGGCCUCUCCAUAGAACAGGUGUCCAAAUCCCUGCGAUUUAUCGGUCUGACCGACGACAUCACGGCUCUCUUUAUUUCCGAGAAGAUCGACGGGAACUUGUUACUACAGCUCACCGAAGAGAUUCUCUAUGAGGACUUCCAGCUGAGCAAACUGCAAGUGAAGAAACUCAUGCAGUUCAUUAACGGAUGGAGACCGAAGAUAUGACUGGAACGGAGACCGCCUUGGGUGAACUAUACGCUAUGCACCCCUCAGCCACAAUGUGACCUUAUUUCCAAGUCAGCACAUUGUGGCGGGACCCUUCCUAUCACCAUUUAAAUCUGUGACUGCUAUUUGCAAACCAGAUGGAAUUAUUUAGCACUUUUGAUUGGGCCAUUUUUCAUGUCAGCAAUGAUUUUUCUUUUUGCCUCUAGCAUUCAUGCCAACAAAUGUAUAUAUAUAAAAAAAUGGAGGGGGUGGGGGCAGUCAUUGAUGUGACUGGCACAGGGAACAUGAGGAUCUGCUAAAAAAACUAAAUAUACGGGACUGCUAUAGUUUAUAACACAUUUGGAGCUAUCUAGGUAUAGUGUAUUGAGCUUACAAGUUCUCGGUAUCAAAACCAAACUCCAGAACAGCUUGCGGGGUACACCUAUUUUUACCAUCUGGACAGAUUUUUCAAAUGUGAGAUCCCACACGUGACAAGGAAAAAAAAUUUGUUCUUACUGCUCUUAUAUUGUGUGGUGUACUCCAAAGGACCAACACAGCACACCACACCCAUUACGAUAUCUCCACUGACAAUUGGUAGUCUCUUCCUCAAACCAUAAGUCUGGUGUAGUACCAAAGCUGACCUGUGGGAGGCAGAAUAGUGCUACAGGGCAUCGGACUGCCACAAAAUUCAAAGACAAAAGAGUAGUCGUCGUACAGUGAACUGACCCACUCGCAACAGGUUAAAAUCUGCAAUAAAGAGUAGUUUACCCCUCCCACACACUUUAAACACACUUAAAUGAAUUGAGACACUUUAAAAAAAAAAAAAAAAAAAAAAAAGUAUUCCCUCGCACUUGAUCUCACUCUCAGAACUCUCCAAAUAAGAAGUAAAGCGUGCUUGCUUCAAGCUGCUUGUCUCUCUUAGUUGAUGUCUACUGUAAAACAAAUUUGGCCUAAUUAACUUUCAGCCAAUACACUACCAUCUUAUUUGAUUGAAUGUACCCACCUUCCUGUCACUAGAGCCCAACAUGAAAUGUCCAUAAUGGGGUUACCACAUAAUGCUUUGCUUAACAGUGUUUGUAUUGCAGCUAUGAGAACCACAUACUGUUCUUUUAAUCGGGCAUACCGUCUGUCUUGCCAUAUUGUAAAUGUAUUACGGUGUAAUAGAUUAAGGGGUGGUUGAUGAUGGAGUUCUCUUGCCACUGCAGCAGCAUAACCUGAAUUUGUAUCCAAGUUGGAACAUCGCGAACUAUUGUUAGCAGUAACAAGGUCAGAGUUGCAGUAUGGAAACAGCAUUUAUUCAAUAUCCUUGAUAGUCAAUUUAAGGUCUAUGUUUUAGUAGGCCCUUUGUCCUCACUAGACAACUACUGCGCUGAAUUAUCUUACUAGUAAGGACAAAGAGCGUACUAGUACAUGGACCUUAAACUGGAUAUCGAAUAUGUGCUCUAAAUGCCGUUAGGGCUGGUCAGUAAAACAAAAUCUAAACACUAAAAUUUCAGAUUGUUUUCCACAAAAGUCAGGUUUGUGAUUGUAUUCGAUUUCUCCCUUCCCCGGUAUUUACUUUAUUCCUCCUGAUACCAAACAAGCUCUGAAAUCUUUUUCAGUUUAUUUUCCCGAUCAUCAACCUCCACAAAAAUAUUUUUUUUUCUUCCCCAAAAGUUAAAACUAAUAAGUGAAGCGCCCAACAAUUAAAAAGAAAGAUCCAGAUGGCUAUCAGUGAAGUUCAACAGGUUCUCGUCUACGCUGCCAUCUAACUGUGCCUUUUGUUAACAAACAUAGUCAUUGACUAAUCUAUCUUCUGUAGCUAACAUCUAAAGAGUACCAAAAGUAAAUACGCAGUAUGCACUUUUAUUGCCGUUACAGAACGUGUAAACAACGUUAAAUUAUCCGAAGAGGGAAUGCACUUCGUCUUUUUUUUUUUUUUUUAAUCAACUAAAAUGAUAUGUCGUCGGCCUCGUUGGAUUAAGUGUCCUGUGAUGAAAAGAAAGGACAUUUCAUUUUGGUAAAACAAUUUUCCUAAAUCAUUUGGGAUGAGAACACGACCAUUAAUAUUGAUGGGCUUAUUUUGUAAAAAGGAGUAUUACAUCUACAGUAAAGUUACAAGCAAAAAGUCGAUGGGAGAAUGUAUUAUUUUAAAGAAAAAAAGUCAUUGAGAACAAAGUUAUACUUUUUCAAGUUUAAAAAAAAAACAAAAAAAAAAACGUAUAAGCAAGUGCAUCUCAAUAAAUUAGAAUAGCGUCGAGAGCUUCACCUAUUUCAGUAGUGCAAUACAAAAAGUGAAAUAUUUCAUGAUUUGAUUUUUAAUAUAUUUAAUGAGCAAAUAUGAGUACUGAACUAAAGAAUGAACUUUUCCACCAUAUCCUAAUUUACUAAACUGUACCUGUAGUUCUUGGCACCAAAGCAAUACUUUUAUAUUAGAGAUGGCUUUGGGCUGAACACAAAACAGCAAAAAAGUGUGUUUUUCAACAAACAACAAAGGUUAUAAAAAUAAAACUUUGUAAUAGUGAAUAUGCAGGGAAACACUGCAUUAAGACUUUUUUCUUGCAAUAUCACAACAUUGUUGCCUCCAAAUCAUGAAUUUGUAUUAGGAUUUUAUUUUCAAAAAACUCUGUAGAAUUAAUUUUAUUUUUUUGUUCCCAUCAUAAUUUGACUUAAUUCAUUUUUUGUUUGUGUUUUUAGCGUAGUACUUGUGGAUUUUUUUUCUAUUCUCAUCUCUGCAUGUGAUGGUUGUGCUCUGAUCAAAUAAUGAUUCGUAUCGGUACCACACUUUUGUUUCUUCUUUCAGCUUUAAAUUAAGAGUAUAAUGUACUUAUGCAGUUAUUUUCCUCCUCGAAUAGAAAAACUAUCCAGCAUUGUAUUAGUCAGACCCAUGAGGAAUGAAGGUACCUCAACAUUUACACUAGAUCUGCUUCUUUGUUUCUCCUGAAGUGUUACAUGCUUAUUUUGACUUUUCUUAUCUGCAAAUGUUUUUUUAAGUGAUUAAUAAUGCAAGAUAUUUUUUUUUAAAGGUAAAAAAGCUCGUUAAUUUUUUUUAAACAAAAAAUUGCGUGAGUUUGCAUUGUUUGUAACUUACUGCGAUAAAUGGGUUGUGCAGCCACACGUUUGUAAAAUAAAGAGAAUCUAGCAGCCUCAGUCACAUGAUGGGAUUAAACAUCAAUAAUAAACCAGUUAAAUUUAUAUGUUUCCCGAUAUCUUUAAUCACAGUAUCUUUACUUUUAAAGGAGAAUUGAUUUGUGACAAAGUGGUGAUUAUUCCGUGCAAGUACAGAAAGCUGUUGAAGUGUUUUUUUCGAUAGCCUUGAUAUCCAGCUUCAGGUCCAUGUAUUAGUACGCUCUUUGUCCUCACUAGUAAAACAAUUCAGUGCACUAAUAUUAGUACUAGUAGCGCACAGAUGUCAAUUAGUGCACAGUUUUGCCUCACUGAUAACAGUUGUCCUACUUGUAUGCCAAAGUCAUCCUACUGAUGUGCAGAUGUCAUUCAGUGGUGGAAAGAAAAAAAACAAAAAACGUUACUAGUGCGCUUAAAGGUUUCAGGACAGAUCAUACUAGUACGUGGACCUUAAGAUGGACGUCAAGGAUAUCGAAUAAAUGCUCAAAUGGCUUUCCAUAAUGCAAGUCAUCACAUGAAGGAACAAGAAAAGAAUACGAUUACACAUUGGCUUCACCAUUUGUAUCAUUAGUACAAAUGUCAAUGCCAAAGAAAUUUUACCCAAAUGUGUCAUUUUACUUGAAGAACUGAUGUAUGUAUGAACUCAACUCUGUGCAGGAGGAGGGAAAUAACAGGGUUUAAUUACAUUUUGGAAAAGUAUCGGUGGAAUAUUACUGAAGCCUUCAGUUGUCUUUCAACAUACUUUGUUUAGCUAUUGUUGAUUGUAUAACCUAUUAAAUGAAUUAACGGUACUAUAUCAGUGUUCUGUUUAAAUCAUUUAGCGGUCUGAAUGUAUGAUAACAAUAUGCACCACAUCUGCUACACCAGCACUCUCAUAAGUCCGUUUUUAUUGACGCUGUCAAAGAAGUGUUUAGUUUUUGGUGUCUGGUUAUGUGUCACAUCAUGGAAAGAGUGAGCUGGCAGUGGAAACUUGUACAUUAUGUUACAAUAAACUGUGGAUUUAAAGUCUACGCACCUGUUCAAAUGCCAGGCUUUUGUGAUUUAAAAAAAAAAAAAAGCCAAGAUAAAUAAUUCCAAAACCUUUUCCAGCAUUGUGACCUGUACAAUGUACAACUCAAUUGAUUGCUCAAUUGACCUGUACAACUCAAUUGAUUUCAAUUUUCAAGGUAUUUAAUAUACCAUAAAGCACGGUGAAGACAAUCGUCAUCAAGUGGUGAAAAUAUGGCACAAAAGUGACAUUACAUAGUUUCUCAGUUUAGGCGGUUUGUGUUUAGCACCACUUAUCUAAAUAUUUAUGCAUUGUUGGUAACUAGAAAUGCUGCAUGCCAAGUGAUUCACAAAUUAAGUGACUGAUGUGUGAAUAAAAAAACUUUUUGUGUCAGAGGUUGUGUCUCGACGUGCGCUACAGAAAAGGAAAAGAUUUAAUAGAAGAUGGCUGCCUAAAGUUGGUCCAAGUCAAAGCGAGAAACCUCUCGAUUUUGAAUGAAAAACGUAAGGACAUUGUAAAGUAACAACCAUUCUAAAGUCAAAUGUUCCAAACUUCUUAACAUUUAUUUGUAAUUACCAAUACAACA